AUGGAUUCAAGGAAUCCAUAUAGUCAGUCUCGUAGUUAUGUAGGCCUUCUUAAUAGUCAGAACUUUCCUUAUGAAAGUUAUCCUUCUACUUUGAACUUUGGAGCCUUAGAAAUCCCUCCUUUUAGUUCACAACAAACCGACGCUCCAGAUGUACGUGAAGACACACCAGUGGCCUGUAGGGAGAGAAGGAAAUGGACUCCAGCUGAUGACGAGCAAGUCCUCAUGCUAGAGAGAGUGGUGAACCAAGAGAGCAUCUCCAUUGUAAGCAGAGGUGGCACAAAAUCAAUGACUUCACCAACAAAUUAUGUGGUGCAUAUGCGGCAGCAGAGAGACAGAUCAGUUCUGGCCAGAAUGACAAUCGAUCUUCUCAAGGUGGCUCAUGACAUCUUCUACUCUGAUCACAACACGAAAUUUAAUCUUAAACAUGCGUGGUGUGUGUUGAGGUAUGAGCAGAAAUGGCUUAACCUUAACACUCCUAAACCUAGUGGGAGUUCAAAGCGAAAAGCUGUAGAGACAUGUUCACAAACUUCAAGCUCCACUGUUGGUGAUCAUGAGAUCCGUCCUGAAGGUAUCAAGGCUGCUAAAGCUAAAAGGAAUAAUGCUCAAGGGAAGUCUCUUGCUGAGUAUACGAGCAUUUGGGAAAUGAAGAAGGAGGAUCUCAUGAUGAAGGAGAAACUGUCAAAGCUUGUCAUACUAGACACACUCCUAGCCAAGAAAGAACCACUAAGUGAGGCUGAAGAAGUUGUCAAGAAUAAGCUACUCUCCCAGUAUUUCUGA